AUGGCGGCGUACGAGGUCAAUUCCGCUAUUGCAACUGGCGAGGCACCAGUCACUUCCAGUAAGCUAUCACAGGUCAUCGACAAUUGCCUGCCGGAUGCAGAUAAACCGGUGGAUUUAAAUGCGUUCACAGAGGCAAUUCUUAAACAGCUCAAUGCCGCCUCGACGCUGCACAAAUUCGUCGUAUCUGUCACUCGUGUUGACGCCCCACAUGGCGCAGAUGUCGACUUGCAAAUUGAAAAUCGCAUCGGUGCGUCCUGGAACAAGGAAAAAGACGGUCUGUACACCCACAGGGCACAAGUGGGCACUGCGUCGUACCUGGUCACGGUAAUGUGGAUUUCCAAAUAG